UCAUUCACAUUUCAUGUCAACAAAUUCAUGGCUUUGAUUUUGUAAAAGUGUGAUUCAGGAUUGUAUUGUGCUGUGAUAAUAACUAAAAAAACCGUAAAGUACGUAAGUCUGUGUAGUAACACAGAAUGUCUGACGAGGACAUCGAGAAGUGGAUGAAAGACGGGCGCAACAAAGACUUACAGGUGUCAACCAGCUGCUCGAGCUUCGAGGUGCUGGACCCGCACGAUCCGGUGAUCAGCCGGCUCGCCACGCAGCUCUUCAAGCGAACCAAUGACUACCUGCAGGGAGAAAUGUCUGCGGGCCAGGACCACUACCACCUGCUGGAGCAGAUCAACCGGCUGACGAUCACCAAGUACGCGGACCUCAAGAGCCUGGCGGUCAACCUCAGCAAGACGCUCAACGAAUACAACGAUAUGUAUAACACCCAAAUCAGGCCGCUCCUCCAGCAAAUCGACGCCAUCGACGCUCAAGUCUCGAAAUUCGAAGCCAGCGCGUACCGUCUCGACGCCUACACCAAGCAGCUCAAACAACGCUUCAAGGAGCUCGAGGAGAAGUAGCCAGCACCGCGGACCACUGAUGAACAGUCGCCAGCGCCGAACGAUGCACAUCAGUAUGGCCGCCUCCCGCUCUCGGUUACCUCACUGUUGGGCAUUUUCGCGAGAACAAUCACCAAAAAUAUGUUUUCUAAUGUAGGUCAAUUUUAUGUUUUUCCUACUCACCUUUGAUCAGACUCUUAAGAAAUGUUCACUAUGUUUAGAGUUUUAAAAGUUUUAUGUAUAUAUCGGUCGAAAUUAUUGUAUAAUAAUUUAAUAAUUUUAAUUUUAAUAUACCAUAUAAUAACUAUGUACCUAAAUCAAUUGUGACGUGUAAUAUGUAACAAUAUUAUAAAUAAAUG